AUGCAGACCUCCACCAUUGGGGGUAUCCUCUCCCUCGGUGGCGACUCUAUACAGCAACAACUACUCUUGACGGCUAUCGAGAAAAUCGUAUUAAAGGCAGUCAGGACAGUGAACGCUGACGUUCUUGAAGCUGUAGCGAGUGACAGUGUGGAAUUCAUCGAAAAGAUGGUAGAGUCGCAUUUCAAAACGAUAAUACAGCAGUUGACCGAGAUAAGGAAACAUCUCGGCAUGGAAAUCUGUGCUAAUAAUACUACAACGAAGGAGACAGGAACACACAAAAUACGCAAGGCAAUUGCAUCUCGAUUUCAAUCGAAUCAAGAUCGACCACGAACUGAUAGCAAUGAACCCCCUCCGUGCGGGAAUGAUGAUAAGAAGAAACCUCAAAUAGUGUUGGAGGAAUCUCAGGGGAGUAAACUACUACCUAAAGAAGAAAGCAGCAAGCCGGAGAGAGCGGAAAAUGAAGAUAAAGUGGCGACUCAGAACGAAACCGGUACAUCGCGGUCUCGUUGGCGAACACCACGCGAACUGGUUUUGAGGAGUAGCUUACAUAAGAUCACUCUAUCGCCGAUAGUCCCAACGGGUCGCCCGUCUGAGGACACUGCGAGACGAGCAGAACCCCCACGAGAGCUGCUGCCAGGGAUGGUACGGGAAACUGAGGAGGAAAUGUUCAAGCCAGCGAGGUUCUCGAGACAUGAAACGACGAACAGAAACUUUAUGGGGCCGGAUGACGCUGAGAAAUUCGAGGAAAAUGCAGUCACGAAACUUGAGAAAAAGCGGGGUAAAAGUAUCAUGCCCGAGGUCCGAGUGAUGCCGGCUACGAUUGGAGCCACUGAACUGAAUAGCAAUAGGAGCACUGGUGGGAGAGUCAUAGCGUCUCCCGAGAGGUUCGCCAGUACGGGUAGAGUGCCAACUCUACCGCGAAAUACACGAAUUACCAGUAACCAUGCGAGAGCCUCAUUACAGUUCACCCUACAUCGUGCCACGGAGGUGGGUUUAGAAAAUCGACAGUAUAAACAGCUCGGCUUUCUACGUCAGGAUUCGGCCGCCGAGAACGCUUCUGGUGAACGCGAGGGGGAGGCUCCCAUUGAUUCCCUGGAUGGACUCGUUGAUGAUGUUGAUAAAAAGAUGGUGCAUGUGAGGAAACUAGCGGCUCAGUUCAGGAUGGAGAUCGAUGGCGAGGAAACGGCACUCACCCAGCAUGCUACCACUGAUGAUAAGGGAACUUUCGGACACCGAAUCAGUGUGAAUUCACAGGCUCGAUCGAAACGAUUAAAUCAAGAAGAUCUCGAGAGAAUGGUGUCGCUCAUCCCGGAUGAGAGAAAUGACACCAGAAAAACGUGGGGGAGUCUAGCCGCGUUUAUGGAGGACCCUAGGGAGGCCCUCAGUUCUGGCGCUAGGCUAAUGGUUGCGGACCCGCACUCACAGAAAAGGUUGUCCUGGGACUUGGUUAUAUCCAUUUUGCUCAUGUAUCACGCAACGAUCAUACCCUUCUUCCUAUCCUUCUAUUUAACUGAUGAACAACGGGCGGAGUCUCAACUCAUAAAACUACUGCCAGUCCAGGAUCUCGUAUUCGCCAUCAAUAUUAUCGUUACGUGUUUCACUGGGUUCCACAAGGACGGCGCACUAGUUCGCGAUCCCAGAGUUCUCACAAUCCACUAUUUGAAAACCUGGUUCGUGAUCGACCUCAUUGGUGCCUUUCCGUACAUUGUGUUCGCCAGCGAGUCUGCACUAUGCUUGUGGCUUCGGCUACUACGACUUGCUAUCGUGGUCAGAACUGCGUAUCUACGCCAUCAAAUAAUGAGUAUCAUUGAAUACCGAAUGGAAAAUGAGAUCUUGCUACUUAUGGUUGGAGUUGUGAAAUUGGUCAUGUUGUUGAUACUGGUCGCUCACUGGGGUGCCUGCAUUUGGUGGGCAGUUGGUGUGAGGGGAUAUCUAGCUGAAGAGGGACCUCGGGGGUGGAUAGCAGAGUUCGGCUCUGUCGAUGAAGACUGGUGGCAAUCGAAUCGUAUACAACAAUAUGCUACUUGCCUCUACUUCAUGACGUCCACUAUCACUACUGUGGGGUAUGGGGACAUUCAUGCCUCGAGCCAUGCUGAACGAGUGUUUUGCAUUAUAUGCGAGAUUCUAGCUGGCAACCUGUUUGCGUUGUUUUCUGGUCUAUUAUGCUCGUUGAUUUUGACCUACGACGAAGUUGGUGCCGACUUCAGGGCGCGGCUGAAAACCGUGAUGAGAUACAUGCAUAGCAACAACGUUGAUCGCGGAGUUCAAAUGAAAGUGCGACGCUUCCUUGAAAGGCUAUUUCAGAAUCAGGCUAAUGAGCAAGCGAAAACUGCAUUGCUCACGAUGCUCCGAACGUCGGAUGGUCUCCGUCAUCAAGUAUUGGUUGGUGUUAUGGGGAAGAUGCUGAGACACUAUAAGUGGUUCGAUAUGAAAAUCACUGAUGCUCAGCUCGGCCGGGUUGCCUCCGUUGUGAUCACCAAGUAUUUCGCACCGGGGGAUUUGGUAUUCUAUGCUGGUGACAAGGCUGAGUGCAUGCUCUUUGUGGUGAGGGGGCUUAUCAAAUGCAAGAGGGAUAGAACACCUAUACACGUAUCGACUGCGCCCAAUAUGAGCAGAAAGCUUUUACCGGCUAUAGUCAAGACUAUACAAACAAUACACAUCUUCUAUGGUUAUGAAGCUGGAGGAGCGCCUAUUCUCCCGCUAUUCCCAACGGCCCUGCCGCAGACUGAGUUGGUGGAAACAUACGGAAAUGAUAUCGAGGGAAGGACACUUAUUCACUUAGCUGCUGAAAGUGGGCAAGUUGACAUGUUGGAGUUCCUCAUCAACACCAAGCUGUUCCCCUUGCCGUCGUCUUUGGAGGCUUUUACUCAACCGAAUCCAGCCCCGCAAGUUGAGAUGCCUGGGUUAGCAGCAGGAGCGGGGCAUACACCGUUACACCUGGCAGCAAUAAGAGGGCAUAUGGAUAUAGUGACAAGUCUGGUUGAUGCUGGAGUUAAUGUGAACAUUACCAAUAGACUUGGGCAGACGAUACUAGAUGUGGCAUUAAAGUAUCAUCAAGAAGAAGUCAUUAACUUCAUCAGAGCUCUCGAUCUGUAUAAUGCGGCUAAGCAAGGCGACAUGUGUGCGUCACAAUUGUUGAAUUCUCAUCAACAAACUCUUCAGGUUAAGUUUUAUUCGUAA